AGAAUGCAUUCACGAAACCUAUGGUUGUCGUGUCAAAAUAUUUUUGUUUUGUUCUUCAUUUAAUUCACAAAUAAUCGCAUAAUAUGUCAUAAUUGUAAUGUUUUCUAUUUAUUUUAAUAUUAAAUUACGUAAAUUACUAAUAAUAACACUGAAUGCUUAUCAUGUUUUGGUGAUACAAUAUCCAUAGUGUGGUACCGUGGUAGUCAUGUCAGAUUGCGCGCUGGUGUCCAAUGUAAGCGAACACGAUGCGAGUAUGGACGUGGGGAACGACAAGUCUCUAUUUGAGCCCUCUGUUGAAAUGAUGGUAAAUGACUUUGAUGACGAAAGAACAUUAGACGAAGAAGAAGCUUUGGCGGCAGGAGAGCAACAGGACCCUAAAGCCGAACUUAACAGCCUUCAGCGUGAAGGUGAUAUGCCAUUGGAAGAAUUACUAGCACUGUACGGAUACGAUAAAACUAUGGACAACAAACAACCCACUCCCGAGCAGGCCCCUGAGGUGGUCCCCGAGGAAAUUGAGAAACCAGAGUCAGCGUUACAGCAGUUAUACAGUGAGACUACUAGUCCGGAAGCCACAAGAUGCCUUAGGUCUGGCUCAAGACCGCCUUCUGAAGAAGAAGAUGACUAUGACUACAGUCCUGAUGAGGACGAUUGGAAGAAGACUAUAAUGGUAGGUAGUGACUACCAGGCUGCAAUACCUGAGGGUUUAUGCAGCUAUGAUGACGCAUUACCUUAUGAAAAUGAGGACAAGUUGUUGUGGAACCCAAGCAUGUUGGAAGAAAAAGUUACAGAGGAGUACAUGAAGAAAAUCUGUGCAAUGAACUCUGGAACAGGUGUAGAUGCCGUCCCUCGAGGGAGACAACUACGAGAUGAUGAGGAAGCCCUAUAUCUACUGCAACAGUGUGGCCACAAUGUUGAGGAAGCAUUGCGGCGGCGGCGCAUCUCUGCCCAGACACCAGCUCAUGCUAGUCUUUGGUCAGAAGAAGAAUGCCGCAAUUUUGAAAAUGGCCUCAAAGCCCAUGGCAAGGACUUCCAUUUGAUCAGACAAUACAAAGUGAGGACACGGUCAGUUGGAGAACUGGUACAAUUUUAUUAUAUUUGGAAAAAGACAGAACGGCAUGAUAUAUUUGCUAACAAAGCUCGAUUGGAGAAAAAGAAGUAUACUUUACACCCUGGACACACAGACUACAUGGACAGAUUUUUGGAGGAACAGGAGGCGUCAGGGGCCGGUGUUGUGAGGCCAGUGUCUCCGUCUCCAAUGAUGGAGUUUGGUCCCUCACCAGCCACACAGCCUGACCCCUUGGCUAUAGGUGAAAAUGAGGUGUUUUCCCAGCUAAACACCCACACACCACCUCCACGGGCCCUGUCCAUGGAGGACCCAGAGCCUCCAACUGGCUCCUAAUACAUGUAUUAUUGGCAUAGGCCAUUCGUAGAAAGCACUGUUUGUAACAUACUUAACUAUGUUGUUAUUAGACAUAAGGGUAUUUUUUCCUUAUUCAUGAAACUAAUCCAUGUUUUGUUUUUAUAACACUAAUGUAAUAUUAUGGACUGACUUAGGACAUUUUGUAUUUUAACAUUUUAAACAGUACAAUGUAAAUAAUAAAGCUGUAAAAUUAUGUUACAUGUUUGUGAAUAAGGGAAUUAUGCUGAAUGAUAUGAAUGUUUGUGUAUGUACCCAUCUUCAAGUGGGUGGUGUAUAAAAUUAUGUGGUAAUUGAUAUAAGAAUAAACAGUGCAAAUAA